AUAUCAUAUCAGGACGUCCGACGGGAGAAAUAUUGACAUUGCUCUAACUUGUAGGUACUAAUUAUUGUAGCUGGCAGCAGCUAUUGAUUUUUAUGUAGAUUUUUACAUGUGAUUUUGUGCUCGGAUCGUGGGUUUUAAAGUUGCCAAGGUUUCUUUUGCAUACCGGUUAAUAAUUAUUGACCGACAAUGGCGAACUCACCAAGUGGCAUCAACAACUUCAAAGUGGUCCUACUGGGCGAAGGCUGUGUAGGAAAGACGUCCAUACUGCUACGAUACAUCGAAGACAAGUUUAACGAUAAACACCUCACUACUCUUCAGGCGACGUUCCUCAACAAGAAGCUGAAUAUAAAUGGCAAGAGGAUUAAUCUUUCUAUCUGGGACACGGCCGGCCAAGAGAAGUUCCACGCUCUAGGACCCAUCUACUAUAGGAACUCGAAUGGCGCCAUUCUUGUCUAUGACAUUACUGAUGAAGACUCCUUUGGAAAGGUAAAAAAUUGGGUCAAGGAGUUGAAGAAAAUGCUUGGCUCGGACAUUGUUCUGGUGAUCGCUGGAAACAAAAUAGACCUGGAGCACGAAAGGACGGUGCCUCUGGAAGAAGCUGAAAGCUACGCAAACAUGGUCGGUGCGAAACACUACUACACGUCAGCGAAACUGAACCAGGGGGUGGAGGAGUUGUUCCUGGAGCUAACCCGGGAGAUGCUGGAGCGGUUCGAGCAGAACUCGCAGGCCGACGCCAACCGGAGCUCCAGGGUGCUGGUGGUGGACGACGAGGCACCCGCCCCGAGCUCAUGCUGCGCCGGCGCACGGAGUACAUAGGUAAUCGGGAACGUUGAGGAACAAUCGAGGUCUAUGUAAUGAUGGUUCUCUUGUGAAUGAUAUUUGUUGCCUCGCGUUUCGUUGAUUCGGUUUUGUACUUUGCGUGAUUGGACUCGACAUUAGUCAUAUUUUACGUGUUGCACUCUUUCUAGAACUUUCUGUUCGCUUCUAGAAGCAGCUGAAUAGCCAGUCUCAGGCAAAAUUUUUGUCUAUUAACUUUUCAUCUAUUAUUGAUCAAAAACUAAUUAUUAGCACUAAAUAAUUUCAGUGUUUUUUAACAUCACAUAUUGUAUUCGUAUAUUUCUUAAUAGUUAUAUCUAUUUAUAUGCACUUUUAUUCUCAAUGAAUGUUUCAUAAUGAAUUUAUAUUUCAUACGCGCAUAAAGCUAUAAGAAUACUUACAUACAUAUGUUAUGAGUCUAAAUUACAUAUAAGGUGUCUCAUAUUGUCUUAUAUUCGAAAUUACUGUUUGAACAAAAUUUUACAACGAAGUCACAUUUUAUUAAAGAGCUCUUAAACUGUAAUAAAAUGUAUUUGAUUUAUUUAUGUCACAUGAAUGUACUAUACAUGUAAGUAAAUUUAUGAUUUUCUGUGCUUUAGCACUACUACCAAUUUUGUCCAAUCAAUUUCUACUCAUUUUUGUAUCGCUAAUUACGAUGUUAUAAAAUAGUAAUAAAACUAUAUGUCUAAUAAAACUGUAUGUCUUAUAUAUAGGGUAGAAAAAUUAUCAGGAACAAACAUUUAAAAUUACUUCCAUCUCUUUUAAGAUAAGUCGAAUAGGAGAUUCUUAUAAGAUAUUCUGUCUUCUCAAUGCUGAUCGAAAAUAUUGAAUGAAACAUCCUUCUAAAGUGUAAAGCAUUCGAGAUAUUCUUCACACGACUAUUGUGUUCAUUGGUAUCGAACUGCAUCUACUGAAGUAAAUUAAUAAUUAAACUUUAGUCACCACUUAUUGUUACUAAGUUAGACAUCUCUAUAUUAAGUCGCACUAAUCUAGCCUCUAGGUAUUAAACUAAACGCAAAUGCAUCUAUUCAAAGGAAUUGACUUGAAUUAACUAUAUAUCGGUGUUUAGUGAUAAUUUAUUGAUAUAUAUAAUACGUUAUAUAUGUGGUUUUCUUGUUCCGGACCAGUAAGCUUGUGAUAUGUGUGCCUAGUUGUAAAUAUUCAUUCUGGUAGAGAUACAUUUCUCUUUGCCAAAUUUAAUGUCAUGUUAUUCUUAGCGGUAUAUAGGUAUGCCAAUGUUUAACUUCAAUUAGAAAAUAAAGGGUCUUUCGAAAGUGUUAUUCAUUGUACUUGAUAUUAGGACUCGAGUUUUAUUAUUAUUCGUUGAUGAUAUACUGUUUUAAAUUGUUUUCAGUUAUUUAAACGCGACGUAGUGAGCUACUAUGCGUUUCGACUUUUAGAAUGUCUAAUGAAAUGUUUUCCUUAUAUUAGAUAAUACUUAUUUUACACAGGUAGCAUGUGACUUUAGUAAAAUUAAGUUUUAUUGUCGUUUUUAAAUAAAUAUAUUUAGGGUUAUUGUAUCGUAUGGUAGGUCACAAGAAAUAACAAUGAUCUAUAGAACUUUAAACGCAUAGUAGUUAGUACAAUUAUACUAUGUUUAGUCUAAUAUUGUAUUUUAUGAAUAUCUUUCAUAAAUAAAAAUGAAUUCAUUGCGUCGUUAAACUAUUUUUCAUUAGAUAUAUUUGACGAAACUAUAAAAAUUAUAUUUUGGAUGGUACACCAACUUAUAUCAUUUUAAGGAUUUUUAUAUAUUAUGCGUUGGAUUGAAAGGUACUAGUAGGUAGGUAAGGGGAGAGUUUAAAAUCAAUGUUGGAAUAUCGAAUCGGAGUUUUAACGGUCGUUUCUGUUUAAAGUCUGUUAUUUUGAUUUUGAUGUAAGAGAUAGAGAUUUAUGUUGUUAUCCAGUAACUUUUUUAUUGAUAGGCAUUCUUACAUCGUGUAAAAAGUUAUAUCACCUUAGGUAUGUGUGUAUUAUAUAUAAUAUAUAUAUAUAUAAAGGACGUGAUGCAAUUUGAGAUUCAUUUUUAUAAUAAGUAUUAAUGUUAUGAAUUUUAUGAUCUAUAAAUAAAAUAUUUUCAUAAAAACUAUCAUAUUUAAAUUUAUCUUUUUAUAGUUCUUUAAAAACACGAUAUAGGGUAGCUGUGGCAUAUUUAAAGAAAUUCGUCUUGUAUAUUCUAUAAUAUGUCUACUAUAACAUGAAAUAAAUAUUUUUCUGUUAUAUUAUUAAAUGUUAAAAUAAUAACAUUACUACACUCGUAGCGUCGAUGGUAGAGGUUCUAUAUAAGUUUAUAAAUUUUAAUCGUAUUUGCUCAUUCUUUAAAGUGCCUAUUUUACUGAUAUAAUAAUAUCUCGCUAAGCAAACACUCUUCUCACGAAAUGAUGAAAUUCUUUUCUUUUAUGACAAGGAAACUAAUUAACACAAAAAUGUCUAAUUUAUUAUCUAUCGUUUCCUCGAGGACUCCCUCUUUUUUUCCUUCUACGUUGGAUAAAAUUAGAGGGCAUUAUAUUUAACUAUUAAACGGCUCGUACAGAUAUUCUAUUUGGUGUCGUAUUCAACGUUAAAGUAAUUUUAGUCUUCUCAAUAGCUAGUAGUUAAAUAUGUAUAGAAUUCAAUAUUGGGACAGUUUUGACUUAAAUUUUUAUGUUUUCGUAGCUCCAUUCGCUUGCAAUAAGUACAGUUUAUGAUUAUGUAUUGUGACUGUCGAAUUUAGUUAUUUCGUGUCUUGAAAUAAUUUAAUUGAAAUCAUUAUUUGAUUUGAAAGUAAAAUACUUCCCGUUAAAAGUAGUUUGUCCUAAUUAUUUAGUAUUUUAGAAAUUAUUUCAAAGGUUCUUUAGUUUUUCUACAUCACUAUAGAUUAUAUUCAAAAUUAUGUUUCACAUGUAGUGUAACUUAUAGUAAUAAGUAACUCUUACCUUUGUAAAUAUGUAAGUUUAUGUAUAACUUGUGUCA